AUGGCGCUACGCCAACUCCGACGUACACUAACAACCACCACCACCAACAAACUACCAAUAUUGUACAACUCCGCCUCCACCUCCGACGAUGCGGUUACCCUCCAGCUACUCUCAUGGGGGCGAGGCUCUUCAGGCCAACUCGGCAACGGCAAGGAAGAAUCGCAUCUAUAUCCUUCUCCCUUUUCAUCUAUCAUUCUCCCUCCUCUCUCUUACCGUAUCUCUUCAUCGACUUCAUGUCACACGAGAAACGACGACCAAUUAGAAAUUGGCAUUGCCUGUGGACUAUUUCAUUCUGCUGUGCUAAUCGAUGGGAAAUUGUGGAUUUGGGGAAAAGGCGACGGUGGACGCCUCGGAUUUGGUCAUGAAAACACUGUUUUUCGUCCGACGGUGAAUUCUAACCUGGAAUCGGUUCGGAGUAUUGCUCUCGGUGGGCUUCACUCCGUCGCACUCGAUUCACAUGGUCACGUAUUCUCAUGGGGUUAUGGUGGUUUUGGUGCUCUUGGUCAUUCUGUUUACACCAGAGAACUCUCUCCAAAACGAGUACAAGGCACUUGGGAGGGACAAAUCACUCAAAUUGCAACCAGUGGUACACAUACUGCUGCAAUCACUGAAGCAGGUGAGGUAUAUACAUGGGGAAGAGAUGAAGGGGAAGGGAGACUUGGGCUAGGUCCAACACGUGGUCAAAAUGAAGUUGGUGGACUUAGCAUACCUUCAAAAGUAAAAUCACUACAAGUUCCCGUUGUUUCUGUUGCAUGUGGUGGUUUUUUUACAACCGUCAUUACAGAUGAUGGCCAGUUGUGGAGUUGGGGAGCAAAUUCAAACAAUGAGCUUGGAAGAGGCAACCGAAUUGGUGGUUGGAAGCCUCAACAGAUUCCCGGUCUUGAGGGUGUUCGUGUUGUUCAAAUAGCAAGUGGUGGAUAUCACUCUCUUGCAUUAACCGAUGAUGGUGGAGUGCUUUCUUGGGGGUAUGGUGGACAUGGACAAUUGGGGCAUUUUUCUACACAAAAUCAAACUGUUCCUUUGAUUAUCGAGUCUCUAGCUGCUGAGAAAGUUGUCCAUAUUGCUUGUGGAGGUUCUUCAUCAGCUGCUGUAACUGAUAAAGGGAAGUUGUACAUGUGGGGAAAUGGGAAGGAUGGACAAUUAGGGGUUCCUGGUGUGCCAGAAAUACAACCUUUUCCAAUUGAAGUAAAAUUUUUAAUGGAGGAUGAUGGUUUGGGGGGUUCAUAUAAUGUUGUUUCUGUAGCCAUUGGUGCAUCACAUGCUCUUUGUUUGGUUUCGAGAAUAUGCUCAACCAUCGUAGCUGAUUUGACCAAAACAGUUAGAGGAUUUCAGCUCAUCGGAGUCAACAAAGAUUUAAGCUGA